AGUACUAUACUGCAAAUUUUGGUAUCGAUCCGAUACUGAAGGCCAUACUGAUUGAUACAAUAUACAAAAAAAUCUUUGACAUGUAUUAAUAUAACAAUAAAAAUGCAAACAGCGCAAAACCCCACACACAGAUACGGUAAAUACUGUAUUAAAAACUACAAAUAAACAUAGAAGAUAAAAAUAACGAGCUCAUGGUAUCCCCAAACCCAACCCCACUACAGACAGUACUAUACUGCAAAUGCUGGUAUCGAUCCGAUACUGAAGGCCAUACUGAUUGAUACACUAUACAAAAAAAUCUGAUCUUUGACAUGUAGUAAUACAACAAUAAAAAUUCAAACAAUGCAACCCCCAACCCACACACACAGAUACGGUAAUCUGAUCUUUGACAUGUAUUAAUACAACAAUAAAAAUUCAAACAACGCAACCCCCAACCCACACACACAGAUACGGUAAAUACUUUAUUAAAUACUACAAAUAAACAUAGAAGAUAAAAAUAACGAGUUCAUGGUAUCGAUUUAGUCGAUAUACGAAACGAUCCGACCACAUUUUGCCCAAAACAAGGGUGGGUGAUACUGAACAAUUUGGUAUCAUUCCGAUAUAACACCUUUUUCAAGAUCCUGGAAUAAUUUGGUGAUUAUUUGUAAUCAGAAUAAAACGCUUUGUUCCCAGAACAAAGAUAAAGACCAAAAACAAACAUAUUUGGGGAACAUUUAAAACUAUAUAAAACUACCAACACAUCAUUCUCUUAAUUUUGUUUUAUUACAUACAAUAUAUCAGUAUCAAAAUCUCAUUAUAUUAUUAAAUCUUAUAUAAUUAUUUGUUUUGUCUCCAAAUAAAAUCUUAUCACGUAUGCCGAUUCAAAUACUACUAUUGGUAUCGAUAAGACCGAUAUUUGGAUCGAUCCGCCCACCCCUACUCACCAAACGACAGUCUCCUCGCGGUACCAUCCUGUGCUGCCUUACUAGCAGCCGGACCUCAAGUGAACAACACCCAAGCCGAGGACUGGGAGAAAGCAGGGGUUCUUCUAAAGGCUGUCGACCCGCAAUGGUCAACCACCACCACCACGACUUGUAGAUUUGUUUCCCACGCAGCUUUUCCCUCCGUUGUGAUCCGACCAUGAGCCACACUGCGUCGGCCACCGGCUCGGCUUCUUGCCGCUUCGCCCACUAUUUUGUCGUGUGUGGACUCGACCCGGAGACUGGCCUGGAGCCGGACGAUGGAGCAGGAGAGAGCUUUGAGCAGAGCCCGAUUCAACGCUCCUUCAAGUCCAACGUUCUGGUGCACUACCCUGAAAGCACGGACAGAAACCCCUUCAAUAAAGAUGCAGUCAAUAUGCUGUGCAUGCCGAGGGGUCUCUCCUUCCGCACUAAGGCAGACCGGCUGGACUCUCACUUCCACUCUUUCACCAUCGGCUUUGAUGACGGUUCUCGCUCCUAUGGCUUUGUCCACACGUUCUAUGAGGAGGUGACCAGUGCACAGGUCAUCACUGCCAUGCAGACUCUCCACCAGAUGUACCAUGUAGAACUCCACUCCUCCUCGUCCUCCUCUUCUUCAUCCUCAUCUGCCUCCUCACCCUCCACCUCCAGUAUGGAUUCUCUUGUGAGCAGCCUGGAUGAGUCAGACGGGGAUUCUCUGGUUGGGAACAACACAGCCACCACCGCCCCCUCCACUUGCUUGGGCUGCGUCAACUCCUUUGACCCAUCACAUGACACCCUAUAUGUGUCCAAAGCCCUCUGUCUGCUGACGCCACUCCCCUUCCUUCAAGCUUCCCGUCAGUUCCUCUCUCAGCUGCACCGGGCCGUCAUCUCCCAAACUCCACCACCACUCCCUCUGGAAAGUUACAUCCACAACAUACUCUACGAGGUUCCCUUGCCACCCCCCGGACGCUCGCUGAGGUUUCAUGGCGUGCAGGGGCCCAUCUUGUGUCAGCGACCUGGCCCGGGUGAGCUGCCACUGGGGGAGUAUCCUCUUGGUGAAGCCUUCUCUCUACUCGGGGUGGACAACAUGGUGCAGCUUCUUACCUGCUCGCUACUGGAGACACAGAUACUGCUCUACUCCCAAGACUACCAGCGUUUGAUGAUGGUGGCAGAGGGCAUCACCACGCUGCUCUUCCCAUUCCAGUGGCAGCACAUUUACCUGCCCAUCAUCUCCGCACGUCUACACCACCUCCUGGAUGCUCCUGUUCCCUUCCUGAUGGGCAUUCAGCGCAGGGACGGCGCUCCGCGAUCCUCCCUGCACCUACCACAAGAGGCCAACCUUUGCUUUGUGGACAUUGACAACCACUCUGUGGACGCUCCAGAGGGCAUCCCUGCCUUUCCCAAUCAAACCGAGCUUGUCAAGGACCUAAGUGAGGUCCUGCAGCAUUUCGGGCUUGCCCCGCAGGGAGGUACUGUUGGAAAAUCUUCCACGGCAUCACCACCUCUGAGCAGCCUGGAGGACCUAAUGGAAGACAGACGGAAUGGGAACCUCGGCGGUGAUGAACUGGAGGUGUUAGAGAGGCUGCAGGCUCUGGCUUGUGGAAGAGAUAAGAUGGUGGGAGAAGGCAAGACACUGGGUCGCGUGUGGGAGGAAGAAGAAGAAGCUCUGAGUGCAGCAAAGAUGAACAUUCAGCUGAGGGAGGUGUUGGCCGGACGCUUUGCUGCCAUGUUUGGUCGCUAUGAGGAGUUUGUCAUCCAUGGGGCAUUUGAUUUGGAUUCUUGGCUGAGCAACCGAGAGGGGACUUUCAGCUUUGACAAGGGGUCCUUCCUCUCAGUUCAGCCUGUGGCCCACUUGCACUUCCUGUCCCGCUUUCUGGAGACGUCCAUGUUUUCGUCCUUUGUGGACGGCAAGGUGAUAUCUCGCUGGGCUGACCGAGAGCCGCUGCAGCAUCUCUUUGACAGCCGCCUGGAGAGGGAGCGGAUGUAUGACACAGAAGAGGUGGAAUCCCGCAAGAGUCGCUUCAGGACAUGCUCUGCGCUUUUUGAGUCAGCUCAGGCCAUUGAGCGGCGUCUGCUGAAGGCCGACCACACAGCCAUACACCCCCACCUCUUGGACAUGAAGAUCGGCCAGGGUCGCCACCAACCGGGUUACUUUCCAAAGCUGCAGGCUGACGUGCUCAUUCAGGCACAAAGCACCAACAAGCGAUCCAGUCGAGUCACAGCAUCACGCAGAACCGAUACCUGGAGGACACCAGCAGCCACAGAAGACAGCGAGCAAAGACAGAAGCACUCGUUGGCAAGGAAGCACCUCAAUCAGCUCAAAUUUAUGGACCUGUCACCUCAAGUGGUCGCUCAGACUCACAGGGAGUUUGUUCAAGGGCUGUUGGGCGAGUGUCGGCUGAAGACCAAACGCAUGUUAAUGGAGAGAAUGGGGAAGGAAACUAUAGAGGUGGGAGAAGCCAGCAUCACUGGCCUGCAGGAGAACACGCUGAUCCACGGACUGUGUGACCUACUAGAGAGAACCUGGGGCCACGGUCUGCAGAUGAAACAGGGGAAGUCAGCCCUUUGGUCCCACCUGCUUCAUUACCAGGCGGCCCUACAGAAAGCAGAGGUGCCAUCUGAGUCUCCAGGGCCUGAGCAGAGAGGAUUUGAUGUUUCCACUCUACUCCUGAGAGGAUCUUUGGUACAAGAUAUGAGGUUUAUCCAGACUAUGAGUGAGGGUCUUUCUGAGGUGGGUCAGGCCAGAGCAUGGCUCAGUUUGGCCCUGGAGAAGAAGAUGCUUUCACAGCACCUUAAAGAGCUGCUCACUAACCAGGAGUUGCUCAGGCAGUUGUACAAACCUCACGCAUUCCUCCUCUGUGAGGAAGAACGAGAGCAGUUUCUAUUCCAUCUCUUGUCUCUCAACACUGUGGACUACCUCUGCUUCACGCGGGCCUUCAGCUCCAUCAAUAUUCCAUAUCGGGUGGCAAUCAUCCCUAUGAAGAAGCUCAGCAUUGCCAUGGCAACUGUCAACCCGUGGGUGUGUGUGUCUGGAGAGAUGGGAGAUUCAGGAGUUAGACAGAUCCCCAAGAAUACGCAGGAGAUAUUUUUUCAGUGUAAGAACCUGGGCCGGCUGAGCACUUUGCAGCUUGGACAGGAGAACUCGGGCCUGUUGGCCAAGUGUCUCAUCGACUGUGUGAUGGUCUACAAUGAGAUCACGGGUCACACUUACAAGUUCCCAUGCGGUCGCUGGCUAGGUAAAGGCGUAGGUGACGGCAGCCUGGAGCGAGUCCUUAUCGGUCAACUGUUGUCACCUGGCGGAGAGGAGGAUUCCGGAAGGUGGACAGGGACGCCUCCUCCACCGGAGCUGUCCUCUCCUUCCCAGAGCGUACGUGCAGUGCUGGGAUCUCUUGGCAACCGAGCAAGAGUGCUGUCUGUUGAAGUUCAUGAGGACAUGAGGGAGGCGGCAAACAACCUGGUCAAGCAUUUCCACAAACCUGAACAAGAGAGAGGAAACGUGACAGUUUUAUUAUGUGGUGAGGGAGGUCUGGUUGCUUCCUUGGAGAAGUUUCUCCUCCAUGGCUUCAAGUCCAGCCGUCUUUUCCAGAGAAACGUCUUUGUUUGGGACUUUGUGGAGAAGGCAGUGGUUUCCUUGGAAAUGGCUGAUCAGAAUGGUGACGUGCAGGGCUCUAUGCUGAGGAAGGAACCGCCCUGUGACUUGCUGUGUCAUUAUGUCAACUGCAUCAACGCCUCACCCCGGAAUAUCGGGAAAGAGGGGAAGUUCCAGUUGUUGGUCUGCUUGGGAGUCAGGGAUCGACUUCUCUCCCAGUGGCUCCCCCUGUUGGCCGAGUGCCCCCUAACGGCACGGACCUAUGAAGACAGCGCUCUGAUGCGGGACCACUCCUCCGUGCACUCGCUCUCCCGUAUCCUACAAACGCUCAACGAGUUCACCAUUACACUGGAAACCUCUCUGAUCAAAGGGGUCGCCCUCUGACCCCCAAACAGACAUCCGUGGAACUCUUAUUUGCUGUAAAAUAGUGCCAGCGGCCCGGAGUGAAGUCCAGAAUCGACUGGAGCUCCCAACCUUUUGCCUUGUUCACUGAUGUAAAUGUCUUUACACACUGUAUUUGCUUCAGGAAGUAGUCGGGUCCUCCUUUGUGUGAUUACACUGUGAUAAAAAAAAAAAUUAUCUAACUGUCACAACUCACGUUGACAGAAUUUGUUUUCUCAGUUCAUGUACACUCGGAAAAAGUACAUCAAGUACAUCUCUAUUACCCUAGCCUUUUACUGCUUAGGGACAUAAAUAACUGAUUAUGCCGCUUUUCCACUGCACAGUUCCCAGUUCCCCUCCACUAAAAUAGUACUACAGGAAAAUGCACAUUUCAACAAUGGAGGAGAAAUUCUGUAUCAUGUGAAAUAAAACAAAUAAGUACAAAUUUUAUCGGAGAAGAGUGUAGCAAGAAAGCGGGCAGCUGCAGGUAAAUGGAGACUGUGGAGUAUAAAUACCGCCUCAUCCAGAGGGUACACUGACAUUUUUGGGGUUCAUUUUUCAUUUUCUUGCCCUGUAUCUUCAAAUGCUACAAUAACAAUGGUUUACAUCAUCCAUGUGGUACAAGGUGGCAUUAAAAAUACUACCUGAAAGCACCUACUUUUGCCAAUGGCAAAGUGUGAAUAGCUAUACUACAACCAUGUCAGGCCUAGUGGUACCAGCAGUGGAAAGGGAGCAUUACUGUAUCUCCUCAAGGAGAACCAGGGUUAGAAAGUUACAUGUAUGUUUCUCAGCUGUAAAAGUGAAUUAUCAAGUGUACAAAAGCAGUAUUUAGUCCAGUACCUACCUUUAACAUUAUUAACGCGCCUCCCGUCGUAUUUCUUGCACUCUCUUUAACUUUAAAAUGAAACACUUGCAUGGCCAAAUCUGUUUUUGUCUCCUUCAAUGUGCUGUGCUCCCUCAUAUCAAGUACUUGGGCCUUACUUGCUUAUAUCAUUUCACUGGAUGGACAAUGACAUCCCCUGUACUGUGGUAUCUUCUGAUGCUCUUGUUCUGCUGAUAUCUGCUAUGUUGUUUUGUGUUGAUCUGACAUUGAAAACUGUGUCAUCUCUGCUAGUCCUUGUAAAUAUUUCUCAUUGUAAUGUCUCUGUUGUGGCAUAUUUUUUGGGUUGAAAAGGUUGUCAUUGUUUGUGUUUGUCUCCUGUGGUGUUGGAUAGAGCCCACAGGCUCUUAAAAACGACAAAGUAUUAAGUUGAUGUUGCGUUUUAUUUAACUGUUAGAAAAAGCGGUCUUUCUCCUGCACUGUCCUGCAAGCACUAUACGUAACCUAGCCUCUUGUUAUUAUCAUUUAAAUAGAGAUUAGUGAAAGCAAUAAUAAUAAUAAUAAUAAUAAUAAUAAAACAUAAUUAUUUAUUAUUCCAAACAUGACAUCACACAUUAAAGUUAAUAAUGAAACAA